UGACUACAUCUCCCGAGGUGCACCGCGGUCCUACCGGAAGUGACGCGUCACCAGUCGUUUCAGACGCUAAAGCUAUUUUCCUCCUGCACAGACUGUUGCUAACUAAAGCAGACAUUAAAUAUAAAAUGAAUUGACAUGGCAGAAGAUGUGUUUGAUGGACUUUUUCAACCGAAGUCCUUUUAACUGAAAAUGGGAGAGGUGUCUGUGUCAUGAUUAUACGACUGUAGCAACGAGUUUCUGAGUCACCAUGGAGGCUCCAACGAGAAGCGAGCUGCCGGGUGCGGCUGGUGGUAGCCAGCCAUCAGACACCAUCUCCCCUGAGCCUCAGUCACCUCAGUCACCUCCGGCAGGAAAGCUAAGAAAGACGGCCUUCAAGUUUUUUGGAGGUCGAAAGAGCAUGUGUAUGCUGCCAAGCUUUUUUGUAGGAAGAGGCAAGGGUCAAGGAAGGUGGUCUUCUAAAAUGGGUGUAACCAAGAGUCAGACUUAUGAUGGUGUGAGCAGAGCAUGCUGGGAGGAGAACAUUAGAGGUAGCGGUGAUGUGACUUCAGCAGAGUUUGAGUUCCACAACCCAAAUGGCUCAACUGAUCUCCACAAAGUGCAGGAAAGUUGUGCAAAGUCACAGUCCCUCCCACGACAGAAGAGAGGACUCAGAGGUCUGUUCAGCAGCAUCAGGAAGCACCGGAAAAGCAAAAAUAAUGCCGAAGCGGAAAAAAAUGAGAUGCUUGAAAUGUCCUCCGGUGAUACAGUGCCUGGAAAGUUGACAAACCUUGGUUGUCAUGGUGACAAUAACGACAGCAAGAGUCACAUGGGUUUGUUAGAGCCGGACGUGCCUAUGGAAUCUAACAGCAGUGAUUUCACAAAAUCGCCUGCCGCUCAUACUGACGCGUGCACGACGGAGGAAUCUCUAGUGCCUGAGAAACUAAGGAGCAAGGAGAAGGCUGGGAAGGAAGAGAAAGGAGAAAAAAUCGGUGAUGAAGGUCAAGAUGAGGCAGAGGAAGAGAAGGGACAGAAGAUAAAGGUUGGCUUGGUUACGUAUCGACAGCCACUAUCUGCAGACUCUGAGAUGGCACGCCUCACUGAAGUGCAUACAGAUUUGCCUGAGGGAGACCUGCCCGCGACGUCCACCUCAACCGACAACUUGAUUUUCGGAGAUGUGUCCUCUCUGAAGAGUUUUGAUUCGUUGACUGGGUGCGGUGACAUCAUCGCUGACCAGGAUGACGUUAGUGUUGCAGAGAGUUCGGUAUCAGGUGAGAGAGGAAGCCGUAAUGCUGGCAAACGCAGCUCCUGCCUUGUAACUUAUCAGGGUGGUGGAGAGGAGAUGGCAACUCCAGAUGAAGUGGACAACGAGUACUUGGACAGCCUUUGGGAGUCGGAGGGAAGUGAGGUGUGCUACCUGCCAUCAGAGCAGACCAUCAGUCCAUCAUCUACUUCUGAUCAGCCAACCAGCUCCUUCCUUGUCACCAGCAGCACUAGUGGCAACACUAGCACUAGUCCUUUGGGAAUCACUGAAACAGUACUUACACCUACUGAUCUUCUAACUCCCCAGAGUGACCGACAGGGUUCAGUGCCAACCAGUGAUGAGGGUUACUAUGAUUCCACAACACCUGGAGCUGAUGAGGAUGCUCGUGAAUGUCCGCAGCAGGAAAGACUUUCCCGGGACAGCUAUAGCGGCGAUGCCCUUUACGAACUUUUUGAGCCUGACGAUCGAUUGCUUAGUCCACCUUUACCUUCUAAAGACAGUCGUGCUUUGCUGGGUGGAAACAACAGUAAAGGAGAUCUUCUUUAUGCCUUGACAUCCGCUGGCUUGGAAUCCGGUGCCAUGGAGACGGAGGAGGAGCGCCUGAGUAAGAUCCAGCAUGCCUUGUUGUGUUGUGAGUUGCAGAACCUGAGAAACCCAUCCAAAGAUCAGCAACUGUAUUGUAGCGAGCAUUUAUACAGUGAAACAAACCCUCGUGAGGGGAUUUACAAAAGCUCAAAGGAGGAAGCACAUCAUCCGUCUGGAUCCAGGCCACUACAAGGAUCCCAAGCCUUAAAAGAGGUUUUGUCUCAUAGUGGGGGUCAGGUGGAGCACAGACCCUCGUCUGGACCUACUACAGAUUCAAGGUUAAGCACGCAAGCCUCAAAGACAACAAGCCUUGGAAAAGAUGCAGUACUGUAUUCCAAGCAGGAAAGGUGUGAUGGUGCAGAUGAUGGCUCUUUCCUGCCCACUAGAGGCUGCAGCCAAUCACAGGAGGAGCUAAUGGUCUGUUUCUCACAAGCUUUGGUUGAUUUUACCAAAAACAACAGACUUUAUCACAACUCCACAGAAAGUUUGGAUGGCUCUGAAUCAAGCUCACCGUUUGGACCAAGCUUAAGUGCUCUUCCUGCCAUCGUCACUUUUGAUGUGGUUGACAUGGAGAAUGAGGGUGAGUGUGAACAACCAGAGCUUGUAGAGGAAGAGGAGGAGUCUACGUCCCCGUUUGAGGCGUUCGAAGACGACAGCUGCUAUUUACAGCAGGACGCUUUUGCCGAGUGCGAUCAGAGAACCUUUGAUGCUUACGAGCAAAGUUUGUUUCUCAGUAAUGCUUGGGGUAUCACAAGUCUUCCCCGUCACCGUAGCCUGGGCCGUCCAAGCCCUCCGGUUCCUUCGUCACUCGCUCUGAACCGACGUAGUCGCUCUCUGGAUACGGAUAGUCUCGAGCUCCAAACCAGCGAGCUUUAUGCAUCGCUCGUUUCCCAUGGGCACAAGAUGGCUGCUUCCUUUAACCGCAGGAAAAAUAGUGCUGACACAGAAGACGUAUGUGACAUGGGUCAACAAGGAAGGAACUGGAGACAAGGGCAUGGUUGUGAAUUUGACUCUUCUCAGACCUCCAUGUCUCAGCAACAGCAAAGAUCCUUGCAUGGUACUGCUUGGAUGGAGACCCUGUCAAGUUCUAGCUGUCAGCCAACAGUUAGACCUUCACAUCUACCCUUGCAGGCUGCUUAUCAUAAUAGCAGUGCAGCACGAAUCCUCAAAAUCUGUGCCGAUGGAGAAGUUUCGGGUGGUGGUCACACUGAUCAGUACCCUUGUAAUCAUCCGCCAGGAGGACAGUGGAAAAGUCGACCGGUUGGUAUUACCCAGGGGAUACCUCAUCACCGAGCUGACCAAUCAGAGGCUACAAGAGAGAUUAUGACCAAGAACAGGAGGACAGAGGUGGAGGUGGGAUACUCCACAGCUACGCCCAAACGCAACAUGUAAACACCCUGAAAAACAAACAAACAGGUCUCAUGGCCAAAGACAGCGAGAUGUUCUUCAUGAUUUGUGUUGUUGGCAUUUACACUUACUCUUAUCUUUUUACAGUUAUAAGCUAUUAUAUUUUAGUGAUGUAGUUUUUUUCCCCUCAGACAUCUGUGAUGUCUUUUUAUUUGCCAUGUUGUUUGGCAUUUAUGUAGCAGGUGUCUGAUUAUAUUUGUUCAGAAGUAAAGCCUUUGUUUUGUGGUCUGUUUGACUGGAUAGAACACACACAGGUAAAACACGUCGACGGACAUUUUUACAGAACGCUCGCAUGUUUGAACUGAAACCUUUGCUAACAUUCAAGUUUCUGCUGCUAUUCCGACGGGAUGUCGCAUAUCAGAAGUGUCGAAACUUUUUUUUUAAACAAACUGACAAAUAUUAGUGAACAUCUUUCAGAUUUAGCCCUGAACACUUUUGAUAAAUUUUCAUGUUUUCUGUGAUACACUUUGCUUUUUUACUUUAAACAUUUGUAGUUAUCACGUUUUUCACACUUGUGGGGACCUUUUGGUUAACACGGUGAUGCUUGGGAACAAAAAAAAACCUUUGAAUUUUAUACGUUCAAAUUAUAUCCUUCAUUUUUCUCGGACAGCUUUCGGGUUUGUUUUAAGUCGUUAGUUAGUGCUUGAGGAAAAAAAAAAUCUGUGGCUCAUCGAUGAGUAAUGUUUCCAAAAAAAAAGAUAAAAGAUGUAAGUACAAUUUUUUCAUUCUCGGUGGCAGAAAUCGUGUUGGCAGCUUAACAUAAUAACAUUCGAAGUGUCAUUAGAUCAACAGAAAUGUCUGAGAUUAUGAGCUAGACUAGCUAUUGGCUAGAUAUUUCAUAACACGUUGAUGCAUUUGCUGCGUUUAUUUCCUCAUGUUCUUUAUAAUACAUAGUGCUUAGUUGUUUAUCAGGUGAAAAUCAUUUCGUAUCUGCGAUCAAAUGCAUUUUGUGAAUGUCUUUUAAAAGAUUCCACCAAAGCCAACGUCACGCACUUACCACAAUCUGUACUGAGAGGUUUUUUUUUCUUUCUUUCAAACAAUUCUGUGACAAAAUCAAUACUGUUUAAUUUGUGAUGACUUUUUUUUUCACAUUUGUACUUUUUAUUGUGACCUGUAACCGAAUGCUCACGCCGUUCUGCUGGCCUGUAUGGACUAGAGCUACAAAACCAACACAAGUUUAGUUUUUUUUAAAUAUCUGGAUGUAUACUUGCAGACAAUGAAUGUUCAAACAUCGAGUUAAAUGUUUGUGGGAUUUAAGUAGCUGUCAAUCACUGUCCUUUAUCCAAACUGCCUGAGUGCUUACACAUUCACAUAAAAUAUCAGAAUCAACUGGAAAUAAACUCCAUCUCAAGUGAA